CCGUGCGGCGGGAGGGAGACAUGGCGCUGGCGGGCGGGGAGCAGGGCGACGCGGAGCUCGGGCGCUACCGCUCGCCCCUCGUCAGCCGCUACUCGUCCCCCGAGAUGGCCUUCAACUUCAGCGAGGCGAAGAAGUUCAACACGUGGCGCCGGCUCUGGCUCUACCUGGCCAGAGGCGAGAAGAUGUUGGGAUUGCCGAUCACAGAAGAACAGCUCCAGGAAAUGGAGUCAAACCUGGAAAACAUUGAUUUUAAGAUGGCUGCUGAAGAGGAGAAGAGGCUUCGCCAUGAUGUGAUGGCCCACGUGCACACGUUUGCUCAUUGCUGCCCAAAGGCUGCUGCUAUCAUACACCUUGGAGCCACCUCGUGUUAUGUUGGGGACAACACGGAUUUGAUUGUUCUCCGUGAUGGUUUUGACAUCCUCCUGCUCAAGUUGGCUCGAGUCAUUGGUCGCCUGGCAGACUUUGCCCAGCAGCACGCUGCUCUCCCGACCCUCGGCUUCACUCACUACCAGCCAGCCCAGCUGACCACCGUUGGGAAGCGUUGUUGUCUCUGGAUCCAGGACCUCUGCAUGGACCUGAGGAACCUGGAACGUGCCCGGAAUGAGCUGCGAUUCCGGGGGGUGAAGGGAACAACGGGCACCCAGGCCAGCUUCCUGCAACUCUUCGAGGGAGACUACAGCAAGGUCGAUGAGCUCGAUCACCUGGUGACUGAGAUGGCAGGAUUUAAACAGACCUACAUGGUGACAGGACAGACGUACAGUCGCAAAGUGGACGUCGACUCGUUGGCCGUCCUCUCGAGCCUUGGGGCAACAGUGCACAAGAUCUGCACCGAUAUCCGUCUGCUGGCAAACCUGAAGGAGAUUGAGGAGCCCUUUGAGAAGGAGCAGAUUGGCUCCAGCGCGAUGCCCUACAAGAGGAACCCUAUGCGCAGUGAGCGUUGUUGCAGCCUGGCUCGCCACCUCAUGACGCUGGUCCUGGACCCCCUGCAGACUGCCGGCGUGCAGUGGUUCGAGCGAACCCUGGAUGACAGUGCCAACAGACGCAUCUGUCUGCCAGAGUCGUUCCUCACUGCAGAUGUUAUCCUGAGCACACUCCAGAACAUCACGGAGGGGCUGGUGGUUUACCCAAAGGUAAUUGAACGCCACAUCCGUCAGGAGCUGCCGUUCAUGGUGACCGAGAACAUCAUCAUGGCCAUGGUGAAGGCCGGCGGCAACAGGCAGGAUUGCCACGAGCGGAUCCGUGUCCUCUCCCAGCAGGCAGCAGCCGUGGUCAAACAGGAGGGAGGCGACAACGAUCUGAUCAGCAGAAUAAAGGAGGACUCCUACUUCAGCCCGAUCCACGAGCAGCUGCAGACCCUGCUCGACCCCAAGUCCUUCGUUGGGUGUGCCCCCCGGCAGGUUAUCAAGUUCCUGGAGCAGGAGGUUCGACCGAUGCUGGUCCCUUAUGCAGGUCAAAUGGAAGGGAAGGUUGAGCUGGAGCUGUGAGAAGUGGCAAAGAACAGGGAAACGAUUCCCACACCUGGUGUUGCAGCUUAUCCAAGACUCUGUGGAGCAGGGUGCAUGUGGGAUUUGUACUUUUGAUUUGUGUUCCAUUUGAGUAGAGUGUGUUAAUGAGAACAGGUCCUCCCCAGGUUACGACUGCCGUGCUUAUGGAUAGCCUGUACAGUUUGAGAGACCAGCAGGAUGGAUUUUCUGGCUGCUGUGGGACUGUAGACGUCCUCUGCCCAUGUGGGGGCUCGGUUCGUGCUAAUAGCAUUGUAUCUUGCAGAGAAAUCUGGAUGAUUGAGUUAACACCCUGAAUUUACCACACACUGGCCUGUGUUUUCAUUUUAAUCCAUUGCCGGGCGGGCGCAUUUCUGAUUGAGAACUAUUCUGAUUACGGACGGUUCUCAGGAACAGAACCUGGUGAGGACCUGUAUCUGUCCACAGAAAGGUCUUGAUAAAUAAUAAUUGAAAAUGUUAGUCUGAUGCACUGAAGCUGCAGUUUUACUUCGGUUAUCAACAACAAACAGUGGAUAGAAAGUCUCGUGAGCUUCACAAGCAGCUCACGGGGGAAAUAUCUCUAAUCCCCACCUCCAGACACCACUCAACCAUGGGUGAUCCCAGUAAAGCUGACAGUGGUGGUGCAGCCUCUUCUACUGUGGUGCACUUCAUACACUCGUGUGAAUUUAUUCCAGCUGGGAGUUGCUCUAACAUCAGUGCCCUCGCUGGUGCUCUGGUUGGUUCUGUAAAGCUCUGUGCUAGGAGAUCACAUCUUCUUCAAAUAAAGACCUCUUGGAAUUUUGACAUUCAGAA